AUGAAGGCCUCAGAGGUGCAGGCAGCAGUUAAGUGGGGUGCUAAGUCCUUCAACGUUCAAAUAGACCCAAAUGAGCCCCUGGAAGUCUUCCAAGCUCAACUCUACACUCUUACGGGGGUUCCCGUAGAACGCCAGAAGCUCUUGUGCAAAGGCAAGACCAUAAAGGUUGAUGCGGAUCUCCAGGCUUUAGUGUCUUCUGGCUGUCCCAAGAUAAUGCUAAUGGGCACAGCCGAAGAGAAGACGGCAGUGAAACCGCCGCCAGAAAAAACUGUUUUUGUUGAAGACCUUACGCCGGCGCAGCAGGCGGCGCUGCUGAAGGAAAAGAAAGUAGAGCCCUUGCCGAACGGCAUAGUUAAUCUGGGGAACACCUGUUACCUGGCUUCAGUUUUGCAGAUGCUGCGUCCCGCAAAAGACUUUUCUGAUCUGCUGAAAAAUUACAUUUCGGGAGGAGCAGCAACUGCCCAGUUUGCAGCGACAGGCCAGCAGGGAGCUCUUCGUCGGCUUUCGUUGGCUCUUAAGGAUUUCUACAACCAGUGGGACCAAACAGUCGAGGCUGUUUCCCCCUUUCUUCUGGUGCCAACACUGCGAGAGGCCUACCCACAGUUUUCUCGACGCUCAACUUCGCAAGCAGGCACAACUGGAGUUCCCAUGCAACAAGACGCUGAGGAAUGCCUCAGCUGUUUGAUGACAGCGGUGGCGGAGAGUCUGGACUCAGGAGCGGCCGCAGGCUUGUCAAAGUCUUUACCAUACUUGCCCCUGAAAGCUGGCUCGUCACCCCUUGACUUGCUUUUCGAAGUGCAAGUUGAGGUCACUUCAAGUCGAACCAAGAAGGAAGGCGAGGCGGAGCCGAAACCCACAGUGCAAGUCGAACGGCACCGCAAGCUCACUUGCUUCUUGGGCACCCCACAGAAGCCAGUGAGCACCAUCGAGGACAGCUUGAAGUUCUCACUUGGCGACGAAGUCGUGAAUGUGGGCAGCACCAGUGCGGGCGCAUCAGGAACAGAGGAAGACACCCUCAUCCGCAGCAACAGAAUCAGCAGCCUUGCUCUGUACCUAAUUGUGCACUUCAUGCGCUUCGAGUGGAAAAUGGGCGGCAGCGAAUCGGAGAAGGCCAAAAUCUGCCGAAGCGUCAAAUUCUCCCAGACACUCGACAUGUUUACUUACUGCACCAAGGAAUUGCAAGAUUCCUUCAAAGUAGGCCGGGCGAUUGUGGCUCUACGGCGAGAACGCGAGGCGUCUUCAGGAGGCGCAGAAAAGACCACUAAUGGGACCGCGUCUACUGAGUCCGGUGCGCCUGCGGCUGAUGGCGCAGCUGCUGCAACUGCAGCACCUGAGGCUGCAGCUGUACCUGCUGCGACGAAUGGCAGCGGAGCUGCACACUCGGCAGCAGCACCUGCUGCAGAGGCCGCCGAAGCAGAGGCAAAAAAGAAAGAAACCGAACUUCUUCGCCUUGCAGGAAAGCCUUGUCCAACGGGCACAUACCAGUUGCUCAGCGUUGUCACCCACCAAGGCCGGUACGCAGACAGUGGACACUACGUAGGGUGGGCGAGAGCAGGCGAUGCAGGCACUUUGCAGGGCCCGCCCACCGCACAAUCUGAAGACAAGGAGGAGGAAGAACCCGCAGCGCCAUCAGGCCCUGCAGCGAAACGCAGGAAAAAUGUUGACAUGUGGCGGAAGUUUGACGACGAUAAGGUCUCAGAGGUUCCGUGGGAUUCAAUUGACCUGGCGGGUGGACGCAGCGACUACCACGUUGCGUAUUUGUUGCUGAUGAAACAUAUAUUAGUUGUCCCCACCGAAGAGGAGCUGCUAGCUGUGGCAAAACAAUUAUGA